AUGCCGACGUCCUUCUCACAUGAAAAGGGUGACACCAUAUCAAUUUCAGAUUUGCUCCCUUCUCUCUUUUUUCGCGUCCUUUUCCGUGCCAUUGCUCCUUUUUUUAUUACAAUUUGUUUUUUUCUUUUUUGGUCGGAUUCCUUUCAGCCUGUUGAAUUCUUCAUCAAUUUUGUCUCAGUGCGGAUUUUGUUGUUUACUUUAUUCUAUCCGGUCAAAGUUCAAAUCAGUCAACCGUAUAAAUCCCCACGCACUUCGCUUGAGGAAACCGAGCCGACACUUGCCAUCACACAAUAUCCAAUAUUCAAACCUAUCUACUUAUCUAUACUUAUCUAUCUAUCAUAUUCUGUUCAGUAUCUAUCUAAUUAUCUAUCUAAAGCUAUUCGGAAGUAUCACCUUUAUAAUAACUGUUCAUAUCUAUCUAUCUAUCUAUCUAUCUAUCUAUCUAUCUAUUCUAAAUCUUAUCUAUCUAAUUAUCUAUCUAAAUCUGUUCUUAUCUAUCUAUCUAUCUAUCUAUCUAUCUAUCUAUCUAUCUAUCUAUCUAUCUAUCUAUCUAUCUAUCUCUCCGUCCGUAAGUAUUCACCUAUCUAUCUAUCCCUAUCUAUCCAUCAUAUUCUGUUCAGUAUCUAUCUAAUUAUCUAA